CGACAGUUUUUGGCGAUGCUGAUUGGUCAGAUGCAAACGAAAAUGCAUGGUGAUCACAUGACCUGUCACAGGGAUCAGGUGACCAGAGAGGACGCGCAACAAACAAACACACAGACAAAAAACUCCAAAAUGAAGAUGUUAUUAACCAUCGUUUUACUUGUUCUACUUGUUGACAAGUGCACGUCAAAUUCUUUUGUUGUUAAUUAUGAUGGUAAUUCCUUCAGCAAAGAUGGCCAACCUUUCCGCUACAUCUCUGGUAGUAUCCACUAUGCAAGAGUUCCCAGAGGUUACUGGGAUGAUCGUCUCAAGAAAAUGUAUGCCACUGGCUUGAAUGCAAUCCAAGUAUAUGUACCAUGGAACUUCCAUGAGAGAUCACCAGGGAGGUAUACCUUUGAGGACAAUGCAGAUCUUGUAGCGUUUCUUCAGAAAGCAAAUGAAACUGGUUUACUCGUCAUUCUGCGUCCUGGCCCAUACAUCUGCGCUGAAUGGGACAUGGGAGGAUUGCCGUCAUGGCUGCUGAAAGAUGGUGUCAUCGGACUAAGGACAAUGGAUGAAGCUUAUAUCCAAGCUGUUGACAGAUGGAUGGGUGUCCUGCUUCCUAAGAUCAAGCCCCUUCUGUACUCUAAUGGAGGCCCAAUUAUAAGUGUACAAGUUGAGAAUGAGUAUGGUAGCUACUCUGCCUGUGAUCAUGACUACAUCAGGCACUUGAAAAAUACCUUUGAAGAAGCCCUUGGUGCCGAUGCAGUUGUCCUCUUCACAACAGAUGGACCUGGGCAGCACAUGCUAGAGUGUGGGACACUGCAGGGCCUGUAUACAACUGUGGACUUUGGUUCAGGUAUAGAUCCCUCUGGUCCAUUUAACUAUCAGAGAAAAUUUGAACCCAAGGGCCCAUUGGUUAAUUCAGAGUUUUACACUGGUUGGCUUGAUCACUGGGGGCAGAAACACUCAACGGUUGCUAAGGACAGGGUCACAGGUUCCCUGGAUAAGAUCCUCGCCACGGGAGCUUCGGUAAACAUGUACAUGUUUGAGGGCGGAACUAACUUUGGAUUUUGGAAUGGAGCCAACUCUGCAUACAGUCCUCAACCAACAAGCUAUGACUAUGACGCCCCUCUCACUGAGGCUGGGGAUCCAACAGAUAAACUCAUGGCUAUAAGGGACGUCAUCAAGAAGUAUGCUAAGGUUCCCUCAAUUCCAGUACCUCCAGCUACUCCAAAACUUGCGUAUGGUAAAUCGACAAUGACCAAAGUUGGCUCACUGUAUGAUGUUUUAAAUAAGCUAGCCCCCGAUGACCCAAUCAGAACCAAUUAUCCAAUCACCAUGGAAGCGAUGCAGCAGAGUUUCGGAUUCAUAAUGUAUCGGACAAAAAUUCCAAUUAAUGUUACCAAGGCAACGCUGUUGGAUAUACCAGGGAUACGGGAUCGGGGAUAUAUAAUCAUCAACCAGGUGCCUGUAGGGAUUGUUGUCCGAAACAAGCCGACUGGACUGACGAUAACAGCAUCAAAGGGGGACACCUUGGAUAUUGUUGUGGAGAAUCAAGGAAGGAUCAAUUAUGGGGGAUCAAUUGCAGACAUGAAGGGAAUAAUUGGAAAUAUAACAUUAGGAGGCACAAUUCUAGAGGGCUUUAAUAUCUCUUCACUUCAACUUGAUGAAUUUGUACCAAAGAUCUCACCAAAUUUAAUCCCAGAAAGUACACUGACCUGGUCUAGUCCCCAGACACAGCUGAAUGUUCCUACACUGUACAGUGGCACAAUGCCUAAUCUUCCACCAGAUAUCUCUGAACCAAGGGAUACAUUUUUGAAAAUGUCAGGCUGGACUAAAGGACAGGCGUACAUCAAUGGCUUCAAUCUUGGCCGGUACUGGCCUGUAGAGGGCCCACAAGUCACUCUCUAUGUUCCUGCAACAAUACUGAAGGUCACAGGGAAUGUAAUCGUUUUGUUUGAGCUGGAAAGCGCCCCCUGUAGUACAGAAGGAAGCUGUACAGUAGAGUUCAUUGACCGACCUAUUUUGAAUGGAACCAUUGCGAGGGUACACAAAAUAUAAAAAUCUGGGGUUUUUUUUAUUUUUUAGUUUUUCAAUACUAAUUUAUUUUGAAAUUAUUAUUUGCUGACACUAUGGUACAUUGUUUGCUUAAUAAUAUUACCAGGGAUGAAUCCAGAAUUUUUCAAACGGGGGCGCAACAUUUUCAAAAGAGUUAAGUGAGUAGCUCUAAUUUCAAUAAUUUAUAUAUAUUGAAAUUUUAAAAUUUAGUGGCAAGGUGGGGGUGGGAGGAGCACAUUCCCCAUGCUCCCUAAUGGAUCUGCACCCGAUAACUUCUUAAAAACAAUUACAAAAUUGUUAGAAUGAAUUAUAGCCUACACUUCUAAAACAGUAAAUAUCAAUCAAAGUUUAUAAUCAUAAGUUCAGUGUCUAUGCAUAUAUAGUUAUUAAGGUGCCGAUUAUGGAUCUUUGGAUAAUAUUUGGACCAUCACUAGCGUACGUAAUGAAAUAUUCAUGCAUGUGUAAUCUGAUUUGCAUUGGAAUGCAUUUAAUGUGAUACCUGUUGUUCAAAAGUAAUAAUCAUGUGUGCACUGGAAUGAUUUUGUACUAUUUUAAUUAUUCAAUUUGUGAAAAAGCUUUCAAAAAUUAGGGUACUUUUUUUUUUUCCAUAUGCUCAUGUGAGGUAAUCACUAAAAUAACUGAGAUUUAAUUUCCAGGGUAAUUAUGUGCAAAAAUUGAAAGUAAACUGUUAAGAUAACUUUGUUUUGUAAAUAUAUCUGUUACUGUAUGUUUCUAAAAUGAUAAAAUUUCUUUUAAAAAGAUGUUGAUUUAAAAAUUGGAAGAACAUGAGCACAUGAUUUUAAGAUAAUCAUUCCCAGUUGCUCAUAAUUUUUUGCAAUAAAACCCAUCAAUUAUGCAAUAAUAA